AAAACCACAACAAUGGCGAUUUUAGCUCCAAGCGCUCAAGUAGCAGCUCUCGUUUGUUCCGCUUUCAUAGUAUUGGGUAGUCGAAGCGUUCUGGGGCUCGCUUAUUGCGGCACAACGACACGGCAUCGGUUCCUGACGACCAGGCGAGAAACCAGUCUCAGGAGCAGCGGUCACAAUCACUUGUACGGACGGGGCAGUGAAAUCUGGCCUCCAAGCAACGGCGUUCCCGUCAAAUUGAAAGACUCGUUUCCCAAUGGAACGCUACCAGACCAUGUCAGACGGACCCUGCAGCAAAUUGGGGCCAAAGUGGAACACAAACCGCGUGAAUGGCGCCAACUCCUGCCACGGGCAAUUCGUCGGAUCCUUCGGAGAGCGGCGAAAUCACAGGAAGAGGAAGCGUUUCACUCACCAGAGGCACCACCAAUGGACAAGACGCCCGCCAUGGUGGCUUUGGGACUACUGUGUUUGGGAUACAUUCGACCACUUGACAUCUUGCUGGUGACAUUUUUGACAGGGUACGUUGGCAUUCUCCAUAUCAUGGCUCAGUCCUUGCGAGCAGACGCUAUCACUCCUACGUUACCCGCCUUGCCACCCCAAGGACACGUUCCUACACUAGUUUCUAAUCCGCUGGGACACCGCUUUACCUACUCUGUCAACUAUGAUCGAUGGCUCAAACUUGGGGUUUGGGUAGGGCUGCUCGGGCCCGUGCUGUUGCUCGUAAAGUAUGCGCUUGAUCGGCAGCUAGCUCCAGCCCAAGCAUGUGCCCGACCCCUCUUUUUUCUUUGCUGUCAAGCCUUGUCUGAAGCUAUCAGUCGCCGUAUCAUGACACCCCUUCCUCUUCGGAUUUUCCUCCCUGUUGCGUACAACGCGGUGAGGCUGGGCUAUUUGUGGAGCUGGAGUUUGUCUACCGAAGUUGUCGGUGUCGCCGGGCGAGUCUUGGCUAUCGCGAACCUCAUGUACUGGUGUGCCAAUCUCUUCGGCUUCUUGUUGCCCGUAGCGACGUUGCGGUACAUGCGGGCGCAUUUUUUCUGUGUCGAAGCCGAGCAAGUCUUGACGCGGCCGGGAAUGGAAGAUUCCAUCGGACUUGUGUCACCAUCCUAA